CCAUUCUGUUUAAAUAGCGCUCGUAUUCCUGGGAUAAGUCAGAGAACUCAGUGGAAUAAAGAGGAAUACGAGGCGGACAGAGAAGAGCUCACACUUUAAGACCUGUCCAUGUCUCUCCAAUGAGCGGCGGCCAGAGUUGAAGGAUACAUUAAUCUGAACUCAUCUGACAGCACAGGACUUUUUUUUCUGAUCCUUUUCAGUUUUAUUUUUCCAUCGGAUUUUUUCCUCUUUUUUUUUCUUUCCAAGUUGAACUUUUAUUUUGAAGAUGAUGCUGUCGGGCAUCUUUUUGCUGUUGAUGCUUUGGAGUUGCGAAAGUGCACGACUUGCAGAGAGUCCCGAUGAUAACAGUGUCUACGACCUGUUCAGCCUGGCUCAAGUGAACAAGAGAAACCAUGGAGUCAGUUUUGUUAAAGGCUCAGAUCCAAACAGUCCUGCAUACAGAAUCAGUAACGCAGACCUGACCCCCCCCAUUCCCGACGGCCCCUUCAGGGACAUACUAGACGCCAUCCAGGCUGAGAGGGGGUUCCUUCUCCUGGUCAACCUGAAACACCAACACCGAAACUCCAGGGGCAGCAUUUUGACCGUGGAGAAAAAGGAUGGAUCCGGACCCAUUUUUGAGAUCAUUUCAAACGGCAAAGCCGACACCCUGGACGUGGUCUACUCCACCAUGAACAAGCAGCAGGUGGUGUCCAUUGAGGAAACCGGCCUUUCCAGUGGACAGUGGAAGAACAUCACGCUGUUCGUUCAGGACGACAAGGCUCAGCUUUAUGUGGGCUGCGAGGAGAUCAACUCUGAAGAGAUGGACGUGCCCAUCCAGAAGGUGCUGACUCAGGACGUGGCCGACAUCGCCAACCUCAGGAUCGGAAAAGCAGCGAUCGGUGACAAGUUUAAGGGAGUCCUCCAGAAUGUGCGCUUUGUGUUUGGGACGACUCUUGACGCUAUUCUACGAAAUAAGGGCUGCCACAGUGGAGCUAUGCUGACUGAUGUCAUGACCCUGGACAACCCAGUCAACGGCUCCAGUCCUGCCAUUAGAACAGACUUCACUGGCCACAAAUCCAAAGAUGUGCAGUCUGUCUGUGGUUUCUCUUGUGAGGAGAUCAGCAGCAUGUUCAAGGAGCUGAGGGGAAUCGGCCAGGUGGUCAAUAACAUCAUCAGCGACCUCCACAAAGUGACUUUGGACAGCGAAGAGAUGAAACAAGAAUUGAGGUCCAAACACCACAUUUGUGUCCACAACGGGAUGCACUACAAGGACAAGGAAGAGUGGACAGUUGACAGCUGCACUGAAUGUACCUGUGAGAAAUCUGCCACCGUGUGUCGGAAAAUCUCAUGCCCACUGAUCCCGUGUGCCAAUGCCACCGUGCCGGACGGAGAGUGCUGCCCUCGCUGUGGAACACCGAGUGACUACGCCGAGGACGGAUGGUCCCCAUGGUCUGAAUGGACCCAUUGUUCGGUGACUUGCGGUCGUGGCAUCCAGCAGCGUGGACGCUCCUGCGACCGUAUCAACAGCAACUGUGACGGCACCUCUGUCCAGACCCGUGACUGCUACCCCCAAGAAUGUGACAAACGCUUCAAACAGGAUGGAGGAUGGAGUCACUGGUCACCCUGGUCUUCAUGCUCUGUGACCUGCGGGGAGGGGGUCAUCACCCGGAUUCGCCUCUGCAAUUCUCCCACUCCUCAAAUGGGCGGAAGAGACUGCGAGGGAGAAGGACGUCAGACCGAAAUCUGUCAGAAAGCGUCAUGUCCCAUCAAUGGAGGUUGGGGACCUUGGUCACCCUGGGACUCCUGCACUGUCACCUGUGGUGGAGGAAUCCAAUCCCGCAAACGUAUCUGCUCUGAUCCAGUUCCUCAGUAUGGUGGAAAGGAUUGCGUUGGUGAUGCUACUAUGUCUCAAGUGUGCAACAAACAGGACUGUCCUAUCGAUGGUUGUCUGUCCAACCCAUGCUUCUCUGGCUCAAGGUGCACCAGCUCCCCCGAUGGCUCUUUUAGGUGCGGCAAGUGUCCCGUCGGCUACCGAGGGAAUGGCGUCAUCUGCAAAGACAUUGACGAGUGUAAAGAGGUUCCGGAUGCUUGCCAUUCCCAUAAUGGAAUUCAUCGCUGUGAGAAUACGGAGCCCGGCUACAACUGUCUACCGUGUCCUGCACGAUUCUCUGGGCCUCAGCCAUUUGGAAGGGGAGUCGAACAGGCCACUGCUAAGAAACAGAUUUGCAAACCCCGCAAUCCCUGCCAGGAUGGUAGCCACGACUGCAACAAAAAUGCAAACUGCAUCUACCUGGGCGUCUUCUCCGAGUCCAUGUUUCGCUGCGAGUGCAAGCCGGGAUACGCCGGCAACGGUCGCAUUUGCGGAGAAGACAGUGACCUGGACGGAUGGCCCAACAGAGACCUGCUGUGCGUGGAGAAUGCCACCUACCACUGCAAGAAGGACAACUGCCCCAACCUUCCCAACUCUGGUCAGGAAGAUCAUGACAAAGAUGGCGUGGGUGAUGAAUGUGACCAUGAUGAUGACAAUGAUGGGAUCCCCGAUGACAGGGACAACUGUCCAAGGGAGUACAACCCUGCCCAGUACGACGCCGAUAGGGACGAGGUCGGCGACCGAUGUGACAACUGUGUGUUCGAGGCUAACACUGACCAAAUUGACACUGACAACAACGGAGAGGGCGACGCCUGUGCUGUUGACAUCGAUGGUGAUGGUAUUCUGAACGAGAACGACAACUGCCCCUACGUUUACAACGCUGAUCAGAGAGACACCGACAGAGACGGUGUUGGAGACCACUGUGACAACUGUCCUCUGGAGCACAACCCCGAUCAGAUUGAUUCUGACUCAGACCUUGUGGGAGACAAGUGCGACAACAACCAGGACAUUGAUGAGGACGGUCACCAGAACAAUUUGGACAACUGUCCCUACAUCCCCAACGCCAACCAGGCGGACCAUGACAAGGAUGGCAAAGGUGACGCCUGUGACCAUGACGACGACAAUGACGGCAUACCAGAUGAGAAAGACAACUGUCGACUGGCCUUCAACCCUGAUCAGCUGGACUCUGAUGGUGAUGGUCGUGGCGAUGUGUGCAAAGAUGAUUUCGACCAGGAUAAUGUUCUGGACAUCUAUGACGUGUGUCCAGAGAACUUUGCCAUUAGUGAAACCGACUUCCGCAGAUUCCAGAUGGUUCCUCUGGAUCCCAAGGGUACUUCCCAGAUUGAUCCCAACUGGGUGGUCCGUCACCAGGGCAAAGAGUUGGUGCAGACCGUCAACUGCGAUCCUGGCAUUGCUGUUGGUUAUGAUGAGUUCAGUGCAGUCGAUUUCAGCGGAACGUUCUUCAUCAACACGGACAGAGAUGAUGACUACGCUGGGUUCGUGUUCGGCUACCAGUCCAGCUCACGCUUCUACACAGUCAUGUGGAAACAGAUCACGCAGACUUACUGGUCAACCACACCUACAAAAGCCCAGGGCUACUCUGGCCUGUCAAUCAAAGUGGUCAACUCAACCACUGGUCCCGGUGAACAUCUGAGGAACGCCCUGUGGCACACUGGAGACACCGCAGGACAGGUGCGCACACUGUGGCACGACCCUAAGAACAUUGGCUGGAAGGACUUUACUGCCUACAGGUGGCACCUGACCCACAGACCCAAGACUGGACUCAUUAGAGUGGUCAUGUAUGAGGGGAAAAGAAUCAUGGCCGAUUCUGGAAACAUCUUUGACAAAACCUACGCUGGAGGGCGACUAGGAUUGUAUGUCUUCUCUCAGGAGAUGGUUUACUUCUCAGACCUCAAAUAUGAAUGCAGAGAUGCUUAAGUGGACUGCAUACCAUUCGGGAAGAAUGUAACUGACUUUGAGUAUGACUAUACGGUAUAAUAGGAGACCUGGACCAAGACUUUGACUUUUGCCUUAAACUAAUGCACAUUGGAGGAAUGAUGAGCUCGUGAGCUAACUCGAGGUAACAAACCACCUCAGGACCUAUGCACAAAACUGACAAUGUGAGCACAUCUCUGCUCAGAAGACAUGGUCCCGCUCACUUUGUUGCUCUGAUCUGCUUUGAAAGACGACCACACCUUACUUGCUUUGCACACCCCAACUCUUGGUUGGUUGUAUUCCCGUGUGGAUGAGGACCAAAGAGUGUUUGUGUGUUUUUUUCCCCCCUUGUUGUGCGUUAUUUUACAUCUGCUGUGGACUCGGAGUUUGUCAGAAUUAAGAAAGAAAGUGGGAGAACUUUCUGAGGUCGGGAUGAAUGUGACUCUUGAAGGAACUGAUGAGGGACCGUGGACAGUACGAGUGUAGAAGUGUAGAUAUACAGUGUAUGGUAUGGUGUGUUGUUUUUGCCUGUGUUUUUUUUAUCCCAAACCAAGCCAAAUUUGUUUAGUUUCCCCUACAUAAAUGUGUCUAAAGUUCUUACCCGAGACUGAGAACCGAUCCAAAAAUGUAAUCUUCUCAGGAAAAAGCACUAGAACAAAUUGAGAAGAACUCAAAAUCCAGGAAAGCAUGGGGUCCCAAAGCAAGCACAAUGCACAGUUUUGGAAUUUAUUUUGUUAAAAAAAAUAUGGAAUGUGUUUUUUUUCUUUUUACUUAAUACUGGAAAUGACAAAAGGGACGCAAAGUGCGAGGGCCAGUACUUUUCCUGUGGUGAGAAAAAUAGGGCGUAAAAAACUUUUUUUAUUCUUGCUAAUCCUUUUAGCUUAAAUCUGCAACCAUUAAGUUGUGUAACAUUGAAGCAAGCAGUAAAAAUACAAGUAUCACUAUUUUUUAAACAGCGCUUUCGUUUAAACUCGCGUCUAAACAGUGUGUAUGAUCAGCGUGUUUGAGAUUGUGUGUACAAUUCCGACAAGGGAAAUAUCAAAGGAAACCCUUAAUGUACAAAUAUUACCUCAUUAAGUGUUUUUGUAUUGAGGCCGUGAGCAAUACGCAAGAAUCACUUUGCUAACAACGGAGUAUAAAUUGGUUGGCUUCUUUUUGUUUGUUUUUAUAACAAGACUCCAGUAUCAUUUAAGUGCUGUAUAUAAGGUAUUUUUGUAGCAAAAGAAGCCCAAACAGGAGCGUAAAGGAUUUAGGAAAUGUUGUCUUGACUUUGAUGUGCUUUGUGUAUUUCUUGUGCUUUUUUUGAUAAGUUAUUAUGUCUGUUUUAUGUCUGUUGAGUUCAUUUCAUUUGUGUAGAUAUGCUAUUUAAGUAAUUUAUCUAGAAGGGGAGCCUGGGAUGGAAGCAUUUUUGUAUGUAUAAAUUUAUUUGCACACUGACAUGAGGAUGUCCUUACUUUGUUUUUCUCUUUUGUAUGUCUUUUUUUUUUAAUAAAUAGUGAAGCAUUUCUAUAAACUUUGUGUUAUAGUUUCUACCUAAAGUGCUGUUUAUACUCUUACCUGUUAUUUUGUAAUGUCAAAAAACAAUAAAAUAAUGGAAAAGAAAAAAAAAA